AUGGCCUCUCCAAUGACGUUCUUCCUCAACCUAUUGUUUCUCCUCUCUACUGCACUUCUUGUGGCUGUUCAGGCACGUUCCCGAUCCGACCUGUGCGGAAUCAGCAUACAUGCGUCCGACUACCCAGACGUUGGUAGCUUUGUAACCACCGAAGGAACUUUCCACGUUCCCCAGACCAGAUAUCGCACAGACGAUCCACCGACCUUGAUCAACCAUGGUGUCGCCCUCUGCUGUGGAGAUGACUGCUCAGCUCGUUUGGCCGCUUUCAUUACGACAUGGGAAUGGGACACACCGGGUACCAUAAGCUUGCCCGGGUUCCAUUUUUACCCAUACUUUAUGGUCCAUAUGUCUCACUCUGUUGGCAUGCACCUCAAUACUUCCGAUACUGUACGGAUUAAGUUGGAGAUCCUGAACCAAACCAAAGCUCAAAUCACGUACACCAAGUAUCUCACCCCGACGGUUAACGAAACACUAAAGCUCACCAUCGACGCCGUCCGCGGAGACAACGGUGCACCCAUUCUGAACGUCACCACCCUCUUUAACGACGACUACGAAAGCCGUAUGAUCUACGACGUCCGAAGCCCCAAAUAUACACGGCAGACCCCAACAUUCUGUGGGGAUUCCGCAUGGUGGUUUGCGUCGGACAAUUUUGGGCUGGACGAGAGCCACACUAUUCUCAGGGGAGGCUUCAGGUUCCCGUCGCAGUUUCCGCCGCUGCUGAUUGGCAAGCACCGGCUGCAGACUGAGCAGAAGAAAUGGUUCCCACAUAAUUUUCCUCUUGGCGGGGCAACGCGACAUUGGGACAUGCUUCGCGAUUAUAGUCAUGAUGGGAAGGGGGAGCAUGUUGCGUGCAAGGUCAGGGGGUUUCCUGAUACCGGUAUGACGUUGUUGUAUUCGCAGCAUCCGUGGGAGGAUUGACGUUGAAGAUGAAGACGUUGGGCGGGAAUUUGGAGUUAUCUGUUUACACCAU